AUGGGCCCAGAGCGCUCAAAACAUUGUAACUUAUGCGACCAGGACAUCAAGCCACGAGGGUGGACCACCCACCGAAAAGCUUGCGAGACGAAGGCAGCCAAACGACAACGGGAUCAGGUGGUUGUAGAUGCGAUUCGCAAGGAGAAAGGCCCUUCUGCACUUAAUGAACCGGAAGUCGUGGCUGCAGUCCCCACCUUCAACCAAGACGACAUCAAAAUUGAGUAUCAUCCGAGUAGUGGCAUCGAGGCCAAGGUACAUGGAUUUGAUAGCUUUGAGCGUCGUGCCGCAGAAUUCCUGGUCCCCCCACCUGAUGGUCAACCUUGGCGUCCGUUCAAAUCUUGGCUCGAAUUCGAAAUUGCUGAGAUCAUGCUGGAGGUCGGGUUUAACAAUGAGCAAUCUGAUCGGUUUAUCAAGCUAUGUCACCGCUGUUCUGUGGGCAAGGAGAAAUUUACGUUCAAAAACCACAAGGAUAUCCACAACAUGUGGGAGGCAGCCUCGCACCGCAUUACGAAGUUUACGAAGGAAGUGAUCUCGAUCCCGUUCACUGGAGAUGAGGAACUACGGGAAUAUGACGUACAUUACCGAGACCUUUGGGAGCUGGCUGCCCAUAUGCUUCGCAAUCCCCACCUCUUUCCAUUCUUCACGUUUGAUGCACACCGCCUCUCGAAGUUUGAUGGUAACACAUUUGUUUCUUUUGUUGAUGAGCCUUUCACUGCGCGAGAGAUUUGGGAUGUACAAUCGCAACUCCCACCAGGUGCAAAGCCACUGGCAUAUAUACUGUAUGCGGAUAAGACGAAACUCUCCUCCUUCGGUACCGCAAAAGGUUAUCCAGUCUACGCUCGUUUAGCAAACCUACCGACUGCAAUUCGAAACGGGCGAGGUGCAGGCGGUGGGUAUGUGGUGGGAUGGCUGGCAAUUGUUAAGGACGAAAAAUUACACUCCGGAAAGCCCAGCUGGGUAGACUUCAAAAAUACUGUCUGGCACAAGUCAUUUGCCAGGAUUAUCUCUUCGUUAGCCUCAAAAUCGCAAACGGGACAGUGGUUCGAAUGCCUAGACAGUGUCAAGCGCUGGUUCUUUCUCUGUAUCCUCAUUCUAUCAGCUGAUUUCGAAGAACAAUCUGUUAUGUCGCUUACUCGAGGAAUCAUGAGUCUUUGGCCUUGCCCCGUUUGUCUAGUUCCUCGUGAUGACCUGUGGGAUACUUCAAAAUCUUAUCGUCGGCGAACAUCGAAAGAGUCGCAAGCCGUUAUAAAUGCUGCGCGUGCGAAAGAAACCUUUGAAGAACGAGAGGAACUCCUGAAAGAACAAGCACUUCGUUUAGUUGAUAAUGCAUUUUGGGCAGUAGCAUUCACCUGCGUGCAUCGAGCGUUGUCACAUGAUCGUUGUCACUUCAAUCAUGGUGGACUCUGGUCACGCCAUCUCUGGGUUGAACUGCAGAAAUAUGUUGUAACUCUCGGAAGGGGAAAAGUAUCGCAAGUUGACAAUUGGUUCGUUCUUUUCGAAUUCGAAAAUUUUCCACGCUGGCGCAAUCUCAAGCACCCAAACCAGGUUAUUGGUGUUACAUUUACAGACAGCUCCGUCCACGAAGAUAUUUCUAAGAUGAUAAUUUACGCCACGCACAAUGUCUUGACCGAGAAUGAUUGUCCGCUUGGUUAUUUUCUCUUACGGUGUGUACGACUUUACCUCGAAAUGGACAUUUAUGCUGCUCUGGAGGUUCACACAACCAAUACAAUCGAGGAGGGGAGACAUACCGUCCAAGCGUUCACAGCACUCAUGAAGCAAUACAUGACACAAACCGCUGAUGACAACGUGAAGAAUUGGAACUUUCCGAAACUGCACAUGACAACACAUAUAUUCGAUGACAUCGAGGCUAAAGGUGCCACACGCAACUACAACACCAAACCGAAUGAGCAAAUGCAUGGGCCCUUGAAGGACUGGUACUUGAACCGGACAAACUUCAAAAAUGUUGCGGAGCAGAUUCUUCGCAUUGACCACUGGUUACUCGUAGCUGAUGACAUUGAUCGUCGUAUUUCGGACUUUGAUGAAUAUUCGCAGCGGAAAUCAGACGGCGUGGAUGAUGAUUCGUUAGAUGACGAUGAAAACACUGGCAUUGGCGUGGAUAGUACUUUAGAUCCGUCACAACACGUGAGAAUGGGAUCAAGACAAGCUGCACAGACCUUCUGUUCCAUCGAGAAUGCGCACAAGACCCAUGUUGAAUUCACCAACUUCCGCAUCAAGCUGAAUGCUUUCUUGAACAUUUUUCUACCCGCCUGCAACAUUCCGCUGCCAAAUGGAAGAAGAAUCCACUUACAAUCAGAUGAUACUGUUACUGAGUAUCGAUUCUUACGCGUCAACUAUGAAUCCCUGGUAGACUGGAAACAGUAUACCGACUAUCUCCGGUGUAAUCCUCAGUUCUUUGGCGCACCGCGUUUUGACUGGGUCUUCAUCCGGACACAGAAUGGUGUCAUCCUUGGACGUCUAGUCUUCCUUUUUCAAUGUGCCAUUGGGAAUGACUUAUUUCCCCUCGCUCUCAUCCACCCCUUUGAUGCUCCGACAGGGCCACGACCUCGACAGGAUAAGCAGCUUAACCUUUUCAGAGUACGCGCACAACCACGCACAAAGGCCGAGUUCUUCUCAGUACGAUCCAUCAUACGUGGGGCACUUCUGGUGCAGGAUUCAGGUGGCAACCCCCUUGAUUACUUCGUUGUCGACACCAUCGACACAGAUAUGUUUCUUCGUGUAAGGGAGAUGCAUCAGCAGGCGGGUCAUCCAGUGCGCAUCUGA